GGCUCGCACGCAUGUGAGUUGAAGAGGAGACCAUUGUUCGAGGAGGACACCGCUGGAUGUUACUGUCAGUCGGCUCUAACACCCACAGUGGGGAGGAAUACUCUGCAGUCCUGAUUUUAAACAGCUGCACAACUGAGGAAUGUACGUUAGAGAGAAAGAAAGAGGAGCGUUAAUAUUUCCUGCACGGACCAACGGAUGUUACGACGGUUAACGUGCCGUUGAAGUUGGACCUCGACGGGAUUAAAAGAAAGUUGCCUCUUCAAACUGCUACUUCAGCGGAGGACAAAAAUGCAGUCCUGUGCAUGGAUGAAUGGACAGUACCACCAGGUUGGACCACCACCGUCACAAUUCUCACAGGCUCCUGCUCAGUUUACCCACAUCACAAUGAGGAAUCAGCAAGCUGGGUCUGCAGAUAACUCAUGCCAGUACAGGACAGCAAACACAGGAGUUCGACCGCCGCAAAGUGCUAAUUUCACCUAUGACAAUGGAGCUAACCCUAACAGACAGCCUUCAAAAUGGCCGAACUCAGCAGUUCCUCAUCAGGCAGUUUCUUCGCAGCAGCCAGCUGAACAGAACAGUUAUCAUCUGAGAGUAUUAAUUGGCAAUCUGCAACAGUCGUCUACUAAUACACAAAGUGGAAACCAUAGUUUGCCGGUCACUUCUGUAUUUCAGCAAGAUUUUCAUCAGAGCCCUGCUCAGAAUUCACUGACCCAGAGUCCACCCAACACCAUGAAAGUAAACACUACACACCCUCAGCAAAACAUGUCAGCACAUUGGAACCAAACGGUCAGAGUUCAGGGGAAACAGUCAGUAAGGGCACAGGAGGGCAAUGUUGUGUCUGAUCUUCAGCGUUAUGGGAAUCCAAAUAGCUUGUUUCACAUCGACAAUGGAGAGUCAACUAAAUCCUUUCCAGCAUACACUACAACAGUGAUCUCGCCUCCACAGCAAAACGUGAUAUACAGCGGCAUAUUAGUGCCUGACCCACCAGAUUAUAGUAUGGCUAUCUCUCAGUCUGUCAGAAACAGCAGCAUUACAACAAACUCAUCAUCAUGGGGACAGGUUGUGCAAGUUUCCAGCAUGAGUCAGAAACCUCAACAAUACUCAACACAUAACAAUGGGGGAGAGGCCAAAUCCUCCACAGACUCAAAUUUAUGUAGCAGGCAGUAUGAAAUUGCAAUGAUUGCCAGAAUUGCGGAUGAUCUACGUAAGUCAUUCCCCGCUGCCUCAGGUGGUCCUUCUCCAGUGUAUUCCAGGUCACCUUCUGGAAGGAAGCAGUUUGGCAGUGAGGUCAGAGUGACGGCAUCCAAUCAAAAUAUGCAACCUGUGACAUCAACUGUCAGUCAAAGUUAUAACUCAAAUGCCUCCCAGUCCCUAUCACUUAAUUCUGGACAUUUUUUGCCUAAAAUGAUUCAUGAUGUUAUGUCAACAAAGCACAGUGUAGUUGUGCCACAGCAACAAAACUCUGUACCAAAUGUCUUUCAUGUCAUGCCAACAGGCGAUGGAAAAGGAAAUGGAAGUAAGACAGCCAACAAUUUUAUUAGAAAAAAUGUUGGAUCAUUAAGUGCUGCAUCUUAUCUGAAGCAGCUGUCUGAGAGCAUAUCAUCACAGCAAAAUGAGACCCAGUCAUCUGUAGCAAGCAAUCGUGAAAGGCUUGAAAUGCGUUCAUCAGUCAAGACAAAUGACACCUCCAGUCACUCAUCCCCUGGUCGCACAAGAGCUGUUGCUGUUGUGCAACCAUUGUCUCAUGAGAGCUUUCAGGUUGCCUGCAAGCAAACCUGUCCUAAGACAAUUAGUCAGUUGUCUGAGGGCACUGCAAUGGAUGAAUCAUUAAGUAACUCUGAGAAAUUCUUUAUUUCACCCAAAAACAGAUCUUACUCUUACACAAAUCAAAUGACGUCCAACAAAUCUGCCAUCAAGCAUUCAGCAGCAUCCAAUACUGGUACUUCUGUGUCAUCUUCAGAUUCAGCAGGGCUUCGAGACUUAUUGCAAAAACAGUCAUGUGUAGAUGACACAGGACCUGAACUGGCGAAUAGCAUGCAAGUAGACCAGGCUGUUGCAUCAUCUGCUCAACAAUUGGAAACAUCUGAGGCUCAAGCAACCCAAAGUGGUGAUAAGGACAACAGUGAGAUGCCAACAGAUCCAAAAGGGGUUUUUGAGCUUUCCUCACUCCCAACAACCCCAUGGACAGUUCUCACAUUAACUAAGUUGAUACAAGAUGCUGAAAAAAGUCAGACGGAGAGAAAAGAUUUUCCCAAGUUUGACUGUUUACACAAAUUACUGGACAUGUUUUGGAAAGGCAGUUCUAAGAACUUGAUAUCUGAGUUCAAGGCAGGCUGGAUGAACGAAAUGGCUGAUGUUCAAAAAUUCUGCAACGAACAUGUAAAAUCUGACUCUGUUAUAUUGUCACAAGUAAAGCACCACUUUCGAAAGCAACUCAAGAGCUUUCAUGUCCUCAGAGAUAAUGAAGUUUAUUCAGAACUGCCUUACAAAUCAACAUGGUUGAAUGCCAAUGACCAGCUUGAUGACAUUGACAAAGAGUUUGGCUUUCCGUGGUCUUUGAAGCAUCAACUUCUCAUGCCUGAGAGUGACAGCCAUCCCGAAGAAGUUCAGAUAGACAAUGGCAUUUCUGCACAAAUAGUAAGUGAGAUGUCAAACAAGAUAGCGCUUGAACCAGUUGGUUCAAGGGAAGAAAAACAAGAAUCAACUGUUGGAACCGCUUCAACACAAACUGCCUCUCCUAAGAGAAUGGAGAGUGCUGAUUCCAGUGACCCAUAUUGCAAUAUUGAAAUCCACGUUUUGCCUUCAGAAGAGGCCAGGGCUAUUUUUGAGCAAGCACAAAGCCAGCUGUCACAAAGUACAGACACGGAUAAUCAGCCAGAAAGAGUGAGGAGUAGCUCUGUGCUGGAUGAGCCACCUAAGGUUAUGGAUGCCGCAUUGAGUGACACAAAAGUGGAGAAAGAGCCAGUCUGUCCAAUAAAAGAGAUUUGCUGCAUUGGAAGGUAUAUUGAGCUAAUUUGGGGACCAAACACAACCUCUUCGAGUAAAUGCCGGUGCAAGUACGAGCAAAGUCAUGAAGAUAUUACUGACAAGGCCCUUGAUAAGGAAGAAAUGGUGGAACAAAAGAAAAAUAUUGUGAUCAGUUCCGCCAAAGGAGAGAGUCAAGCAAAGGCUGGGGAGAAUGUCGGCAGUCACGUUAUGACACUUUACUGGCCUGAGUUACGGAAUGAACAAGGUCACACCACUGACUUAACUGAAGAUGAACACAAACCUAACCCUUAUUCAGACAAAGAACAAAAGAACAUUUCCCAGGUGAAAAUACAUAGCCGGUCAAGCAUUAUACUCAUAGAUGAAAGCGAAGAUGAUCUGUCCAGCAGUGAAAAUGAAGUUUCCAACAAGAUGAAAGACUUUGAAAAUGAUUCUGAACAAGCUCAGGUGAAAGUGACCAAAAGUAACCAGUCAAGCGGUUCAAACAAAAAAGAAACCAAAGAAUUCUUCAGAAGUGACACGGAAAUUCAGUCAGACCUUGGGGUGGAUUGUGUUAGAGGUCAGUUAACAUCUACAGGAAGUAUGCAGUCAUGUACUUCGAAAAGUAGUAACCAAGAUAUUGAAGAUCUCUGCAGCAGUGAAAGUGAAGUUGCCAGCCAGAUGUCAGACCUCGAAGAGAAUUGUGGACGAGCUCAGCUGACAGCGACAAAUGUGGCAGAGUCAUCAUUGGAAACUGGAGAACAAACUGACAUGAGUGCGACAGGCACUGUCCAGACAACUUGGAGUAGUAAACAUGCAACCGUUGAAAGAAAGAAGAAGAGACCAAGCAGUCAUGAUCAUUUUUUUCCAGUCUUUAACAAAUCAAAGAAAUGCAAAUCCCUUGCUGAUUUGGAUUCUCAGCCUGUCUUUGAGGGUGCCUCAAAAUGUGGAAGGGCUUUUGUUGAUGAGGUUGAUAAUGAGCUUUCAGCCUCGAAUGUUAAAACUGCAGAGCUGGUACUGUUUGGCUCAACACCACAAGACAGGUGUGUUUCAGUUGGCUGCAGAAAGAGCACUUGUUCAUAUCCAAUGCCUGAGUCUGAUGCAGUGCCAAGGCCUCCAAAAGUUAUUACUGUGAAGUUCAGUCCAUUGAGGAGAAAGUCAGCAGAGGAAUAUUCAGUCAAACAGCAGCUAUACGAAAAAUUUAGAAGUUUUCCACCAAGUAAAACUAGGCACAGACGCAAACUGAGAAAACAGAAGUGUACUUUUUCCUCUUCAUCUGUGGGGAGUCUGAGUAAAGCUGAAAUGGUGCGCACCAUCAACACUGAGGAGCUGCCAGUUUCCUAUAAGAUGAGGAAAUGCCUGAGUCUGAAGUGGAGGAGGUUCCUCUCUAACAAACUCAAAAGGGAGAAGGAGAAGAGGAAAUACUCUGUCACACUCAACCAGCUUGCUGACCAAGAGAGGAGUAAGGCUGAAAAUGGAAGCCAUGCUGUUACACCUCUCAAGAACAACAUUGUCCUGAAGUUCACUGUCUUACCUGACACCUUCAACUUCAAAGAUGGAUCCAGUGGAAAAGAGGAAUUCAGUGAUCCUGUUCCAGAUAAGCCUGACCUUGUUGAAGAGAUGGACAGAAGCCACAAUACAGCUGUCACAAAGGCAACAGGUAAAUGGCUUCCAAAUCUUGAGAAGAAGCACAGACCGUUGGUCAAGACCUACAGCAUCUUCAAUGAGUAUCAGAAGAAAUUCAUGGAGAGGAGGCAGACAUCCACGGAUUAAUAACAUGUCACACUGAAGUUUUGUUGGCAACAGACAGAUAUUGUCUUUUGUCUGGGACUUUCUUUUUCUUAUAAAAGUAUGCCUUUGUGUUUUUAUACUGUAUAUUCAUUGAGUAAAUUGAAGUUGUCCAAGUGUUGUACAUAUUUUUACUCUUAACAGUCAGUCAAAUAAGUUUCUGCUGUACACAGGUAGUGUUCUCAUCAAUUUGCACACAGAAUCUUCAGUACAUGGCUGUAAAAGCUUACAUGUCAUCCACGUUAGUUAUAGCUCCUUGUUAUAUUUUAUGCAAAAAUGCAACUUUUUUGACAGAAUGUAUAUUUCAGCUACAUAUUUAUAUUUUUGUAUUUUUCUACAUUAAGUAUAUUUUUCUACAUUAUUUGCAUCUUAAACCUAUAUUUUCAUAAGAAACAAGAAAUGUGAUCUCAUGAUUCCUGCACUGUUAAUGUGAAACAAGUUGCCAUUCUUUUUUAAUUUUACUGUUUUUACUGUUUUACCUGAAAUAAAUUCACUACUGAGCAAAA